AUGCUUAUUUACCAGGAUAUCAUCACCGGACGGGACCACGAAGACAAGGAAGGACAACACCGGACAGCACCGGAUACGAUAGCGCCAUACGAUAUCACCUUCUCAACCAUGCACUCCUUAGACUCUACCCACCCCUUUGCUCAACACGACGAGCUCUUCUCUGAUGCUUUCGAUAUCAAGGAGGUUGACGGUACCUACCAGAUUGAGUGCGCCAUGAUCCAGGUCAAGGAGGGCGCCGAUGUCGAUAUCGGAGCCAACGCCUCUGCUGAGGAGGCCGCUGAGGACCUUGAGGACGGUGUCACCGUCGUCAACAACGUUGUCUACUCUUUCCGUCUCCAGUCCACCCAGUUCGACAAGAAGGGUUACACCACCUACAUCAAGGGUUACCUUAAGCAGCUCAAGGCUGCCAAGAACCUCACUGAGGAGGCUGAUAUCAAGGCUUACGAGAAGGAUAUGACCGCUGAGGUCAAGAAGGUCCUCGGUUCCUUCAAGGACUUCGAGUUCUACGUUGGAGAGUCCAUGAACCCCGAUGGCGCUGUCAUGCUCCUCAACUACCGUGAGGAUGGUGUCACCCCCUUCUUCACCGUCUACAAGCACGCCGUCAAGUCCGUGAAGGUCUAA